GCGGUCGCGUCGCACUGAGAAGAUGGCGGCCUCCGCGAUAGGCUGGGCGCUGCGGGCCGCUCGGCAGGUUCUCCCCUCACCCUGCACAACGCAAGUGCGGAGUUACUAUGUGGACUGGAGGAUGCUGCGGGAUGUCAAGAGAAGGAAGCUGGCGUACGAGUAUGCAGACGAGAGGCUGCGGAUCAACGCCAUCCGGAAGAACACCAUCCUUCCCAAGGAGCUGCAGGAAGUGGCUGAUAAAGAGAUCGCUGACUUGCCCCGGGACAGCUGCCCUGUGAGGAUCCGAAAUAGGUGUGUCCUGACAUCCCGCCCUCGGGGGGUGAAGCGUCGUUGGAGGCUCAGCAGAAUUGUUUUCCGCCAUUUUGCUGACCAUGCUCAGAUGUCUGGGAUACAGAGGGCUAUGUGGUAGAUCACCACAUGGAUAUACACCCAGGCAGAAAACACAAACAGAUUAAGUUUGUGUGUUCAAGUAAUUAAAGCAAGACUGUCCUGUCUAGAAGUCCAGCAUCAGUAUCAAAUUAUUAAGGGAAGGAUGAGAAGCCAUGCUGAUUCAUUAAACUUACUUACUGGAUUGUGAUUGGUAUCAGCUGACAAGAAGCAGCAUAACUCCACUAAACUGGUCUGUAUGUGAGGUGGUUUUAUUCUGAGGGAAAAUGUUCACUACCUGAUGCUUGCAGAACUAAGCUGAGGUUUGUGAUAUGGGCAACAUUAGAAAUAAAGACAUACAGCACAA